AGUCUUUUAUUCUGAAAGUGCUGGCCGGAAGUUGUGUAUUCUGCUGUGUGUGCCUUGUCAGCGACGGCGCUCUGGAUCAAAGGCUCGCUUGGCUCUCCAGUCAUACGGUCCUGUACUGAGCGCAGUCUGCCCUCGGUCUCCACGGACGCUCCUCUGUCUGGAUAUCGCAACCGGUUUCUUUUUUCUGUCUCUGGAUUAUAUUCUUCUGAUGGUUUUCAACUCCAACUCGAUGCAUAGAAAUGGGUAAACUGCACUCGAAACAUGCCGCUAUUUGUAAACCGAGGGAGAGUCCAGAAGGCGACAGUUUUGUAGUCAAUGCCUGUUUGGCGAGAAAGGGAAUCGACGACUGGCUUGUGAAGCAGAAAUACUAUUGCACGAGCUCUCGCCUCGAGCAACAGGACUGUCACCACAAGAAUAACUGCGGUUUGACUACACGGGACUCCAUGCAUGAGGCAUGUGCAGAGAGGAUCGGUGAUGAACACUACCGCUUAGAAGUGGCUUUACCCCCAGAGAAGACCGACAGCUGCUGUGUGGAGGAGAAGAUGCAGGAGAGGGACAGCCAAUCUCCCGCAGGGCCACAGAAACAGCUCCAGUUUGAAGAGUUGGAGUGCGCUGUGUCUGUGGAGGAGGAUAAUCGGCAGGAGUGGACCUUCACCCUCUACGACUUUGACAACAAUGGCAAAGUCACCAGAGAGGAUAUCACCAGCCUGCUUCACACCAUCUAUGAGGUCGUGGACGCCUCCGUCAACCAUUCUCCCAGCAGCAGCAAGACACUGAGGGUCAAGCUCUCGGUGGCUCCCGACUCCAGCCAGCGGUGGAGGAGUUGCACGCAGGGUGCAGCAGACAUGUCCCACCCCAGAGAGAAAAAUGACAAGUGCAUAGAAGACCCCAAGAGUGCAGACAAGAAGACUCGUGCGCUGCUAAGGCGCCACCACAGUGACCACCACACCCAGCCGGGCUGCCAGCGCCACUGUGUGGAUGAGAACCUGGAACGCAGGAACCACUACUUGGACCUGGCAGGCAUCGAAAACUACACAUCCCGCUUCGGAGCCGCCCCCACCACAGAGCCAACGAAGGCAGAGCCUCAGACCCGUUCAUCCAAUCAGACUCGUUCUCGCUCCCAUGAACCAGAAAAUGGCCACUCCCAUUCCCACCAUCGCCGCUUGCAGACUGUCGUGGACACUGUUGCUCCAGACAGCCUCCAACCCGCUCGUACGCGAGGAGCCCAGGACUCAGGGAAACACGCCCUCCGUUCUCCUAAGACCCACAGCCGCACGCCUCCUGCACAGAUCAGCAGCAGGGUGAUGAGAAGCCGAGGUGCCCCUCCUCCCCCAGCGCUACCCAGCCAGACCCCCCCUCACCAGUCCGCAGCCCCCUACCGUAAGCACAAGCAGCGGUCCAAGGAGAGCCAGGGCUACAGGGCCUUAGGCUCUCUGGCUCCGGGACCAGUGGUGGAGAAGGAGCAGGUGAGGGACCUGCCCAGCGUGCUGUUGUAUGAAGGGGGGCUGGGGCAAGUGGUGCAGCGGCAUGAGCAUCACCACCACCAUGAACACCACCACCACUACCACCACUUUUACCAGUCCUGAAUUUCCACCCUGUCGGGGACUCAGCUCAGCACUCCUGCAGCACCGCAGAACUCAGACCCUUCCUCCUCAACCACCAGGCCACCCUACAUUGUGCAGUACUGCAGUGCCUUUGUAAUGGACACAGGACAUGGGCAGGAGGGGAGGAUCAUGGGAUGGGGUGUCCCAGUGCUGAGAGGUUAUUAAUCAGUGUUAUAAAGAGGUUGGUCAGACAAACAAAAGCUCGGGUAUCCAGCAGGACAGUGUGUCAGGGCCACAGCAGGACCAGGACUGGGGAUCACAGCUAAGGCUGGAGAGGAGGCACAGAGGGACGAUUUGAUAAGGUCCUCUCGCCAUCGACCCUGUAAUCCUCUACCUGAUGAACUCUAAGGCUCCGAAUCAGCACCACAACCCUUCCAGACCACUAAGCCAAAAGGUUUUUAAGGAAAAGGAGGGAUGAGAGGAAGAAAGACUGUGAUGUAAAGAUGAAAAUAUAUGAAGGAAUAUAGUUGAUAGCAGAGCAGGGCAUAGUAUGUGUGUGUGUGCGCGCGUGUGUGUCUGUGUAAAACAGCGUGUGAAUGUGUGGGCGUAGCAAGAGCGUGUGCGUAUGCGAGUGUCACGACACUGGUGUCUGUUGAAAACCACUUGAAGUGCGCUCCUGGGUGCGUGAGUAUUUAAAGCAGGCUGUCAGGCAGGUUUUUGAAGAUGAAAAUGAAGAUUCUGAUUCAAGCACGCAAUGUCCCGUAAGCAAAAAUGGGUUGGAAAAUGUCGACAUGUUAUAAAGUUAAAAAGAACAGAGAUCCCAAAUCCGCUGCUACCUCUAAUUUUAUCCUAAUUGUUGUUGUGAUGGUGACUUUGACUGAGCGUUCAGAGGUUAUUUUCAAAUUAUUUCGAAACUUUUUUGAAAGAAGAAAAAUCGUGUCAUAAUCCGCAGUACUGAAGUGUCAAAAGCUCCUUACUUUUAUUAACUAACAUUUGCUGUACAUAAGGUAUAUAUUGUUAUCAAUUUUAUAAGCUUUAUUGAUAAUGUGAUAUCUUUGUAUUCACUAUCUGAAGCUUUUUAUGUUUGUUUUUCUUCACAACCGCAUUUUAUAAGACCACUAGGAGCCUCAUUUUGACUAGAAAAAGUCAGUCUCACACUCUGUUUCUGCCUCAGUUUCAACUUUCUCACCAUAUCAUCAGAUAUGGAAGUGUGAUCUGGUCAUGAUGCCUGAUUGACUAAAAUCCCAACUCUCAACAGUGCUGUUCAGGAACUCCACCUCACGACACAUGCAAGUGCUUUAUAGAACGCGUGCUUGACUGACCUACACUCUAAUAUCAUGGAAACAGAAAGAACAAGGAAUUGUUUUGAGAUUCAUGGCUGUAGUGUAUUAUACACAUCAAAUUAAGAUCAUUUUUAAAAUUUAAAGGUCCAGUGUGUCGAAUGGACUUAGAUGGAUACAUUGACAGAAAUACAGUAUAAUUAAACAAGUAUAUUUUUUUGUGUAUAAUGACCUGAAAAUAAGAAUCUGCCGUUGAGAACGAGCUGUCUACAUCUAGAGAUUGCCAUGUUGGCCACCAUGUUUCUACAGCAGCCCAGAACAGACAAACCAAAAUCCAGCUCCAAAUAGAGCCAUUUGUGUUUUUGCGUUAGCCACCAUAGUGAGAAACCCAUUUGCGACAAGCAGCAUCGGAAAAACCUCCUUUUUUUGAACGUGAAACUGCUUUAUACAGUGUCUUCACUGAUUUUUUAUUUUUUAUUUUUUAUCAUCAGGUCUGUUUGUUUUGGAGAAGAAGAGACCUCUGUGCGUAAUUUGGCUCCUGGUGAAAACCCUCUGAACAUCUAAAUCUUAAGUUAUCAGAGAAAAAAAGGACACCACAUGUCUCAUUUACCAAACAGCAUUGGAGAAAGACAGACUUGUAAUGUAAAACUGCUUUAUUUAGUGUUUUUAAUGACUUAAAUCACCGGGUCCGUUUGUUUUGGAAAGGAGGAGACCUCUGCGGAAAAUUCGGCUCCCGGUGAAAAUUUCCUGAACAUUUCAUAAAAAAGGUGAGCACACAAUAGCAUGUGGUGGGCGAGCCGCCUGUCUCUGACAUGUGAAGCAGUGUCAGAAAAAGAUUAAUUUAUAACAUGAAACUGUUUUAUUCAAUGUUUUUACUGGUUUUAAUCACCUGGUCUACUUGUUCUAGAGAUGAAGAGACCUCUGCGGAUAAUUUGGCUCCUAGUAAAAAUCUUCUGAACAAUGAACACUGGAGGUAUUCUAACCUAAAGUUUCAGCUGGUUGCAGUCUGCGAACCUCAACGCUAGAUUCCUCUAAAUCCCCCCUAAAUCUAACACACUGGACUAGUGUGUGAGUUUUGCAUAAAGAUGAAUCGGACUUUAAAAAAUCUGGAAAAAUUACAGCAAAUGUCACAUUUUUUUUUAUCCUGUCUGACCAAAAAGCAGUUGACCUUUAAGGCCAGUCAGAUGGUUUGUAACAAAAGCUCUCUUUUUAUUUGAAUAUCUAAAAUGUCAGCCGUAAAAUCACAUGUCCUCAGUCCCAUGAUACUCUUUAAAACCAAGCAAGAGACGGUGUCAUCCUGACAAUUGUGCAACAGAACUCUCCGGUCCUGGCUCAGGCCUCCUGGCACAUUUGCAUAACUAGAAACAAAGUCCCAUCCAGCCAGUUAAAGGUUGGUGUAUUCAUCCAUCAGUAUGAGGUUUGGCCUUUAAAGGUUUUUGUUAUUUAUGCAGGAAAAUAUUUUGCUGAGCAUGCAUGUCAUUUUUCAUCCCCGCCCUGUUUCAUAUCCAAGCAGUUACACACACUGACACCUGGGAGUUGCCCAAGCACAGCGGAUUUCAUGUUGGACUUCCCGACUUUCAGGACUAGCACUUUCCCUAACUUGACGUUAGCAGCUCUGUCAUCCAGCCUUCGGCCUGGUCCCGGGUCACGCGGCUGCUCCUUCUGUUUACAUGGCAUCUUCCUGUCCCCCAGCUGUCAGCAGGUCUUUCACCGUGCCGCCAUGUGGCCUCAGAGCUCAGCCAACUAGGCUCUGUUUGUCGUGCAGCGGGGCGAGGGCUCUUUCAGCUGUCUCAUUCCUCUGGUGCUGGAUAACACUGGGCCCGGCCCGCAGGCUCCACUAGACCCAUAACUCACCACUGCUGCUCUCCUGCCAGCACCAGGGACUGUGCUGUUCAUCCUGUCCAGUGAUGCUGUGCUGAUGCUGCCAUAAACAUGCAGAUGUUUAUGCACUGAACUGAGAGCUGCAGAUGUUGGGGUUCUCCAGGAUAGUAGUUAAUUGUUUUCUCCCAGGUGUUCCUGGUGAGUGUGUGUGCAUUUUCUUCCCAGCAUCACGUUUACAAAUGACCGGCAUUUAUGCAUCCAUAGUCUUUUGUUGGGACUUAAAAGCCGCGCUCAAGGGCAACCUCAUACAUACAGAGAAAACUAGAUAAUACAGGAUUAUGUUAACCGGACCCCAGGGCCCAUGACUGUUCAGACUAUAUCCACUAUGUUUUAUCAUGUUAGUCCUCCAUGAGCGUGUACAUGUGAUGAGCAAGAAUGCAGUGUAUGCCAGUCUUGCCCUCAGCCCUGCGGUGUCCUCCCACAGCUGCAGGCCGUCCUUUAGCAGAGGCACCAGCCAGACGGGUCAUCCCACGGGACCCGUCGGUGGAAACGGCGUCACUCCCUCCCGAGAGGGAUCACAGCUGCACUCCAUACCUCAGCUUCCUCACCUCACACUGCUUUUCCUGGACAACAAGUCCUUGCUACUGGAGCCCCUCACACAACUGUAACUCCUUUGUCAAUGGUCUCAACCUCACCCGAAACGGCGCUGAUACCAGCAUGACUCUCCAAAUAUAAGUAGUGUGGAAUUGGUCGCCUGGUUGUGUGAACGGACAGCUUGCAGGCGACCGUUCGUCCUGCAGGGUGGUCUGAUUCGACACGGUGAACGAGGGCUUCUGAAGGAAUUUUGGGUGAAAGGCUCGGUCAGACCCACAGCCAGGUUGCAAUUUAUAAACUUCUUUUACCCGGAGAGCGUUUUACUGAACAGACAGAACUCCUUUCUUUAAUGCCCUGCUUUCCAUUCGUACAAUUACCUGAAGGCAUAUCAGAAAGGAGCCCACUACAAACACACUUUCAUUCUGCUGACUUCAAAGCAUCAGCAGUGGAGUGACUGGGGGUGAUGUGCCUUGCUCAAGAGAACCUCUACAGCAUUUGUUGAGAGUUGGGAAAGGAGUUUCUUUUCAGUUUUGUCACACAGACCUUACCAGACGCUCCGGGGAAUAAACUUACUUUUGAAACCUUUUUAACCUUUAGGGUACAACUGUCAAACUCCCUCUUCUGUCUUUUAUCACACAAUGGUAAUAUAUCUAUAUUUGGGGAUCAGAAUAAUAUUAAGCUUUUCAGUCAUCAGCUAUCCCUGUAAAUCUACCAGUGUUUCAGUAUUAUUCCUUUUAUUUCAAAUGAUCAAAGCUUAUUUUCAGAACAAGCAUUUGCAAACCAUGUCACACAAACUCCCACAUCCACUGUCUUCUGUCCUGUUGUAUAGAAUGUUCAGUAUUCGGAGCCACUCCUCCAUGUUAAUACAGUAUGUAUUGCACCACUAAUUUGCUUUGUAAGAUCCAUGUAUCGACAUUGUUUAAAGAGCUGAUGUAUAUAGUGGACUGCAGAAAGGAUAAACCAGCAUCAUGUAGAAAGACUAUAAGGCGUAUUUAUAAUAAUUAAAAACCUGUUAAGCUAUCUCACUUGCCUACUGUCAGCUAGUACUCCAGUAUCCGCCACGCCGAUCCCACUUAGCAGGGAGGAGUAAUUAUCUGUCUAUAACACAAGCUCUCUCUCUCUCUCUGUCUCUCUCUCUCUCUCUCUCUCUCUCUCUCUCCACACGCAGACACACUUUCACUUGGUGUUUGUUGUAAAAGAAAGUUGUUUAGCACUAGCUGUUUUUCCCCUCCCCCUCCCUCCUGAUGUUUUUCAUGACUUUGUUUAGUUUAUAUAGAUUGUAUUUGAUUAAUUGCUUUAUUUAUUUGAUAGCAGAUCUGUGCCAAGGGAAAAUACCCUUUUAUUAAAGU